AUGAUCCGCAGUAUUCAUGAGCUUGUAGCUCCUGAAGAUGUAGGAACGACACUUCCCCAUGAACAUAUAUUACAUACGAUUGGAUCCAUUGCAUCAUCAAGUGGUUCUAGAGGAAAUCUCGAGAUUCGGUAUCAAGAUCUGAUUGAAUAUCGUCGAGCUCCAUUUGCUCAUGGUGGUCGCAAUUUGUUACUUCAGAAAGAGGACGAAGCUUUUCGAGAACUUGAGCGACUCGAGCAAUUAAAUGACAAGAAGUCCAAGGUUUUGAUUGUAGAUGUGACGCUUCCUAGUGAAGGACGUGAUGUGUUGAUUCCAGAACGACUGCAUUUAGUCAAGAGAUUCCAAGACGUGAUUUUCGUGACUGUUACGACAUUUGAACUCAACCAGAUGAAUGAGAAGUUUUUGUACAGGGGGGUAUCAAUACAAGAGACAAGUGAACGCAUUGCUAGGAGAUUGGAGGCAGAAUUAUUGUUUGGUAUGGAGAAAGGAGGCGUUGUGGUAUUUCCUGGGGCGAUAUACCAACAGAUACAUGCAAACAGUCAAGUACUUGGUCCUGAGGAGAUGAUUCUUGUGCAAGGUCUAGCAUUGGCUCAAGCGAGAACGCAUUGUCCUCUGUAUCUGUCGAUUUCUUAUAAUGAAUCGUGUGGAAUGUUACAUGGAACAUCAUCUUCAUUAGAUCAGGUAGUUCGAGCUUGGAUUUGUGCUUUGUUGGACGCUGGUGCUGAGGGGAAGAAAAUUGUCGUGUGUCACGUAAAUCGCUGGUGCCACGGACGUUUUGAAGAGGCUGGUUAUGCGUUUCUGUUGGAGCUGUUGGAUUUGAGUGUCACCGUGCUUUUCGACAUGAUUGGUCUGCUCGCUGUUAGUGAAGUACUGCUGAUUAAUCCAAGCUUUACACAAACAGGACUAAGUUCUGAUAAGCUUUUGGUAAAAGAUAACCAAGAGCCGAUUUCUGACAGUCGUAUCGUAGAGUGGAUUGUAAAGCUUCUGGAGCACAAGCCAGAAUACCUUUUCCAAAUACUAUUGUCUACCAACAUACACCAGCGAGUACAGUAUCGUUGCUAUGGAGGGGAGGCUACGCGUAUUUCUUGGUACGUUCCGCCGGAAGCACCGCCAAUUCCAAAGAAGUACCUGCAAUGCUCGAUCUGCAGCAACUAUUUUGAGCCUGUUGAGGGCGAAUAUUUUACCAAGUUUGCGUUUACAUACUGUGGUACGAAGUGCCUGCGUCGUCAUAGCCGGCAAAAGUUUGCCCCAACUCUGGCCAAAUCAUAA